AUGCAGGAUCUCUGGAAUAUCAUACUGUCGUUUGCGAACCACCUAGGUUAUUCGGCGUUGAUGUUCACAAAUACAAAUGUGGCAGCGGAUCGGUUUAUGUCCUUUUUCAUGAAAGAGAUUCAAGAGAGUCUUGUGUCGAAUAGAACAGCUUAUGCAAUCUUCGCAUCAAUUCCGUGGAUUGCAUCAAUCCUGAUUUCAAAAAUGUGGUGCUUAACUCAAGCGUACUGA